UAGCCCACUUCACCGGCCCAGUGUUCACCAAGCCCCUGCUAACCACCUGCAGAGGCCCCGCUGUAUCUCCAUCCCUUCUGGUUGUUUCAGCACCAUGGCCAGCAUUCUACUGCUUUUCCUCGCCGCCUCCUGCUGCGCAUGUCUCUGUCUCGCUGACGGCGACACCUCGUUGGAGUUUGAGACUCGCGCUCUAGAGUUCCCCCACAAAUCACAAGAAGAGAAGGAUCUGAUUGAAGCUUUGCAAGAAGUUCUGGAGAAACUGAAGAACAAACAGAUGCCGUUAUCAGAAAAGAAGCUCGGCUGGCUGCCGUCGUGUGACGCAGGCGAGCAGUGCGCUGUUCGCAAGGGUGCGCGUGUCGGAACGCUGUGCGGAUGUCCGCGUGGGACGACCUGCAACUUCUAUGUCCUCAAGUGUUUGUAAGAAGAGAAGAAGAGAACAUGAUAAACAGUGUAGGUAGGGGAGCAGAGAGAAAUAGGAGAGAGAGACCAGAAGCUUUUUCCUCAUUCUGUGGAUCACAUUCAGAUGUGGAACGUUCAGACAGAAAUAUUGUAUGUUGAACAGACAUGUCUCUAUCUGACAUGUAAAGUAAAUAGGAAUCAUAUCAGCUUUACUUUCAGUAUGUUGCCCUCUCCUGUCCUGAACGUGACCCUGGUGUGUAAUGGAUGGUUUGUUGUCUAACAUAAAGGUGGUAUCUCAAAUACCAAUCUAUUCCCUAUAAUGCACUAUUUUGGCUAGUCCUAUGUGUCAGUCCUAUGUUGCUUCGGUCAAAAGUAUUGCACUUUAUAGGGAAUAGGGUGUCAUUUAAGACACUACCCAACUUGUUCCCUUCAGCUGUGCUCUCUGCUGUCUCGUCUAUUUUGACUAAGUACAAAGAAAUUCAAUGUGAUUAAUAAAGUCCUUGAUUUACA